GAUCCUUUCCAUAUCCGCACGCUGCGCACCCUCUUCCUUCCCUGCCACAUUGUGAUCCCUCCCCCGGCCCGCCCCCGGGAAGGUUCUGGGCGUGCGCGGUGCAUUGUGGGGGGCCGGGAGCGAGCAGCCGCCGCGAUGAUGCCAACACCGGUUAUCCUGCUGAAGGAGGGCACGGACACCUCGCAGGGCAUCCCACAGCUGGUCAGCAACAUCAAUGCCUGCCAGGUGAUCGCCGAGGCCGUGCGCACCACGCUGGGCCCGCGCGGCAUGGACAAGCUCAUCGUGGAUGACAGGGGCAAAGCCACCAUCUCCAACGACGGGGCCACCAUCCUGAAGCUGCUGGACGUCGUGCACCCGGCCGCCAAGACCUUGGUGGACAUUGCCAAAUCCCAGGAUGCCGAGGUGGGUGAUGGCACCACGUCUGUGACCCUGCUGGCAGCUGAGUUCCUGAAGCAGGUGAAGCCCUACGUGGAGGAGGGGCUCCAUCCCCAGAUCAUCAUCCGUGCCUUCCGCACGGCCACGCAGCUGGCUGUGAACAAGAUCAAAGACAUUGCUGUCUCUGUGAAGAAAGAGGAUAAAGAUGAGCAGAGGAGUCUCCUGGAGAAGUGUGCAGCCACAGCCCUGAGCUCCAAGCUCAUCUCCCAGAGCAAGGAGUUUUUCUCCAAGAUGGUUGUAGAUGCUGUGAUGAUGUUGGAUGACUUGUUGCAGCUCAAGAUGAUUGGGAUAAAGAAGGUGCAAGGAGGAGCUCUGGAAGACUCACAGCUGGUGGCUGGAGUUGCCUUUAAGAAAACCUUCUCCUAUGCUGGCUUUGAGAUGCAGCCCAAGAAGUACCAGUCCCCCAAAAUCGCCCUGCUCAACGUGGAGCUGGAGCUCAAGGCUGAGAAGGACAACGCCGAGGUCAGAGUCAACACUGUGGAGGACUACCAGGCCAUCGUGGAUGCAGAGUGGAACAUCCUGUAUGACAAACUGGACAAAAUCCACAAGUCAGGAGCCAAGGUGGUGCUGUCCAAGCUGGCCAUUGGGGACGUGGCCACGCAGUACUUCGCAGACAGGGACAUGUUCUGUGCCGGCCGUGUCCCCGAGGAGGACCUCAAGAGGACCAUGAUGGCCUGUGGGGGAUCCAUCCAGACCAGUGUCAAUGCCCUGUCGGAUGAUGUGCUGGGCCGCUGUGAGCUCUUUGAGGAGACCCAGAUUGGGGGAGAGAGGUACAACUUUUUCACGGGCUGCCCCAAGGCCAAGACGUGCACCAUCAUCCUGCGCGGGGGCGCCGAGCAGUUCAUGGAGGAGACCGAGCGCUCCCUGCACGACGCCAUCAUGAUCGUCAGGAGGGCCAUCAAGAACGACUCUGUGGUGGCGGGCGGCGGCGCCAUCGAGAUGGAGCUCUCCAAGUUCCUGCGGGAUUACUCGCGCACCAUCCCGGGCAAGCAGCAGCUGCUGAUCGGCGCCUACGCCAAGGCCCUGGAGAUCAUCCCCCGGCAGCUGUGCGACAACGCCGGCUUCGACGCCACCAACAUCCUCAACAAGCUGCGCGCCAAGCACGCCCAGGGCGGGAUGUGGUACGGCGUGGACGUGACCAACGAGGACAUCGCUGACAAUUUCCAGGCGUGCGUGUGGGAGCCGGCCGUGGUGCGCAUCAACGCUCUGACGGCCGCCUCGGAGGCCGCGUGCCUCAUCGUGUCCGUGGACGAGACCAUCCGCAACCCGCGCUCCAGCGUGGAGCCUGCUGGGCCUGCCGGGGCCCGCGGCCGUGCCCGCGCCCGGCCCCACAACCACUGAGAGCUCCUGGAAACCUGUGGGGAUCGACAGCUGCUCCUUCCCUGGCCAAGGGCUGGCAGCCCCACAGCCACUGAGGGCUCCUGGAAACCCACAGGGAUUGGCAGCUGCUCCUUCCCUGGCCAGGGCUGGCAGCCCCAUGGGCACUGAGCAGCUGCUCCUUCCCCUGGCCAAGGGUGACAGCCCCACAGCCAGUGAGAGCUCCUGGAAACCCCCUGGGAUGAGCAGCUGCUCCUGCCCCUGCAGAGAGCUGCCAGCCCCACAGCCACUGAGAGCUCUUGGAAACCCACAGGCACUGAGCAGCUGCUCCUUCCCCUUCCCAGGGCUGGCAGCCCCACAGCCACUGAAAGCUCCUGGAAACCCACGGGGAUUGGCAGCUGCUCCUUCCCUGGCCAAGGGUGACAGCCCCACACCCACUGAGAGCUCCUGGAAACCUGGGGGAACCAGCUGCUGCUCUGCCCCUGCAGAGAGCCCGGCCCCACAGCCACUGAGGGCCCCUAGAAACCCACUGGGAUGAGCAGCUGCUACUUCCCUGUCCAGGGCUGGCAGCCCCAUGGGCACUGAGCAGCUGCUCCUUCCCUGGCCAAGGGUGACAGCCCCACAGCCACUGAGAGCUGGAAACCCACGGGGAUCAGCAGCUGCUCUGCCCCUGCAGAGAGCUGCCAGCCCCACAGCCACUGAGAGCUCCUGGAAACGUGCAGGGAUCGGUGGCUGCUCCUGCCCCUGCAGAGAGCUGCCAGCCCUGGGCUGGGGGCGGUCACAGGCAGCUGCAGCCCUGGAGCUGCCCUGCCUGGCGCUGCCUCACUGGCCUGGGCAUUCCCUCGGGAGCCUUCCCUCCUCAGGACCUUUCCUUCCCCAGGCUCCUUCUCUCCUGAGGACCCUUCACUCCUGGGGACCCUUCCCUCCUCAGGAGCAUUCCCUCCCCCGGGCUGGAGCCAGCACAGGCAGGCUCUGGGGCCUAUUUAUACUGGUUUGUGUUUUGUUCUGCUGGGCAGUUUGAAGCCAGGCUCCACCACAAUAAAACGAGUUGGUCUCAGUG